AUGUAAGAACUUUUAAUCAGGAUUUACUUCCCUUUACCCUGUUCAUGAUUUUUCUUUGGCUUCUGCAUUAGUAGCACUCGGGUUUUGCAUCAAGUUUUUGUGGGUUUCCUUUUCAUUAAAAACCUUGAAGUCUGUGAGAAACAGCAAGCAGAAGAAGGAAAUACUGAACACACCAGAAGACCCAUGAGCUGAGGAAAAUGGAGAUGCUGGCUCAGACUAUGAAUAUUUCCAAGGUGGCACUAAAUGGCAGCUUCACUGACAGCUCCUCCAACUGUUCAAUUGACGGCUUCAAACAAGUAAUUUAUCCCAUCACGUAUCUCUUUAUCUUCUUCCCCGGUGCUGUUGGAAACAGUCUCUCCGUUUAUGUUUUCUUCCAGACUUCACAAAGGACCUCGAUAAAUAUUUACAUGCAGAACUUGGCUAUUUCAGACCUCAUGUUUGUGAGCACUUUGCCCUUUCGGGCCUCAUAUUUCCUCUUGGGAUCACAUUGGAUAUUUGGUGACAUCCUCUGCAGGAUCAUGACUUACACCUUGUACAUGAAUAUGUACUGCAGCAUUUAUUUCCUCACCGUGCUCAGCGUGGUUCGUUUCAUAGCCAUCGUCUACCCAUUCAAACACGGAAAAGUGACCAACACGAAGUGUGCCAGGAUCACCUGUGUGGCCAUAUGGAUUUUCGUGCUGGCAGCUGCCAGCCCUCUGUUAAACAAGGGAGUCGCUGGCUACAGAAACCCAGACAAAUGCUUGGACCUCCACCCCUCCAGCACGCACAGGCUCCUCAUGAUGAACAGCUUUGUCCUCAUCGUGGGCUUCGUUCUGCCGUUCUGCACCAUUUUGUUCUGCUAUGUCUUUGCCAUCAGAGCGCUGCUCAAGUCCAGUUCUUUGCAGAGCAGGAGGGCAAUCAGUCACAGGAAGGCGCUGUUAACCAUUGUCAUCACUCUCAUCCUCUCCCUCAUCUGUUUCCUGCCGUAUCACAUCCUGCGAACUGUCCACCUGAUGUACAGCAGCUGCAGCCAGGCCAGCCUGCACAAGGCGCUGGUGGUCACUCUCUGCCUCGCUGCCACGAACAGCUGCCUCGAUCCCUUCCUCUAUUACUUUGCCGCUGAAAAUUUCAAAGCAAAAAUCAGAAGUUUGUGCUGCUGGUAG